UUCCAUUAGUAAUGGCGUUAGUUGAAGCAGGGGCUGAUAUAAAUAUUUCCUCCACAGAAAUGAUGACCCCCUCGUUAAUGACCGCCAGUAGAGGAUUUAUGUCGGUAUUGACAUACUUGGUAGAUCAUGGUGCUGAUGUUCAUGCAGUAGAUCAAAACCAAUGUACCGUGCUCCACCACAUCGUCACAAAACCAAACGCCAAUUUGUUUCUCCAGGAAUUUAUUUUGGCUGGAUUGCAAAUUGAUUUACAAAAUAAGUUUGGUGAAACCCCGUUAUAUCUAGCAACCAUAUCCAACAACGAGUAUGCUGUAAAUAUGAUAUUAGAAACAAAUGACUCUUGUGUGGAUUUAGCUGACAGAAAUGGAAUCACACCACUUAUGUUGGCUGCAAUAAAAAAUGAAAUCAAAAUUAUAAAACUUCUACACAAACACAGUGCUAGUAUCAACAAACAAGAUAGCCGUGGUAGAACAUCUCUGAUUUUCGCAAUACGAAAUGGCAAUAAAAGCGCUAUUGAUGUUCUGUUAAAAACAGAUGCAUGUGAUGUGAAUUUGUCCGAUAACAAAGGAAAAUCACCCCUUAAGUUAGCUGUACAAAAUAGUAAUACAGAACUUAUCGAACUUCUUCAUCAAUAUGGUGCAGACAUUACCAAACAAGAUAAUCGCGGUAGAACAUCCCUGUAUCCCGCAGCACAAAACGAUGAUUUAUACGAUGGUGAUGUGUUGCUAAAAACAUAUGGUGCAGACAUUAAUCAAAAAGAUAAACGCGGUAGGACAUCUCUGUAUCUCGCAGUAGAAAAGAACAAUUUAAAGACAGUUGAUGUUUUGCUAAAAAUGUAUGGCUGCGACGUGAAUUUAUCCGAUGACAAAGAACAAUCGCCCUUAAUGUUAGCUGUACAAAACAGCAACACAGAACUUAUUGGACUUCUUCAUCAACAUGGUGCAGACAUUAACAAACAAGAUGCAUGUGAUGUGAAUUUGUCUGAUAACCAAGGAAAAUCCCCUUUAAUGUUAGCUGUACAACGUGGCAACACAGAACUUAUGGCACUUCUUCAUCAAUAUGGUGCAGACAUUAACCAACAAGAUAAUUGCGGUAGAACAUCUCUGUAUCUCGCAGUAGAAAGUAAUACUUUCAAUGCUGUUGAUGUUUUGUUAAAAAUGGAUGGUUGUGACGUGAAUUUACCCGAUAACAAAGGAAAAUCGCCCUUAAUGUUAGCUGUACAAAACAGCAACACAGAACUUAUUGAACUUCUAUAUCAAUAUGGUGCAGACAUUAACAAACAAGAUGGCCGCGGUAGAUCUGCUGUUUAUUACUGUUUGUAUCAAAUGUGCAGACGCGGGGAGUAUAGCAUAGAAAUAAUGAAGUUGUUGGAAUGUUUUGGUGCGGAAUUUAGAUCACAAAACUGCGACAAUAAAUUACUUAAACACUUGCUGAAAACCUCUUAUGAUUAUCUCAAGCAUUUGAUGGAUUCGAAUAAGGUUGAUUUUGAUGGAUCGGAUGGAAAUGGGGAUAACAUUUUACAUUAUUUAGCCAGAUGUGACAUAGCCUCUCCUUCUUUGGAAAGUCUUUCAUAUUCAGAAAUGUUAAUAAAUGGCUCAGUUUCUUCUUUUCGUAAGGACUUUUUGACUGAUAAACGGAUUGAUAUAAACCGUAAAAAUUCUACAGGUAACACGCCAUUAAUGGUCGCAGCCCUUUUAGACAACACCGUGUAUAUGCAAAUCUUGUUGCAACAUGGAUGCAGUACUAAUAUAAGCAACAUGUACGGACAUACUGUCUUACAUCUCAGUAUUAUUGGAUUCGUAAAAUGUAAGUACUACAAUACAAGUCAAGUGGACUCGGUGUUGUUAGCUGCUAUAUUGUCUUCAGAUAUAGAUGUCAAUGCUCAGGAUAAAGAUGGACAAACUGCCUUAAUGUUGGCUGCUAAACUCGGAGGUUAUAACAUCGUAAAACAGCUAUAUAGAGCCGGUGCCGAUUGUAAGAUUUUGGAUAAGUUUGGGAAGUCGAUGGCACACUAUCUUGACUUCGCUGUAACAACAGAUGUUAAUUUCUGUAAAUACAUUAUCCGUGGCUGUGGAGUGGAUAUAACAGACAGAAGAGGAAAAACGAUGAUGGACGUGGCCAUUCUAUUAAUAAAUAUGGAGCAAUUAUCGGAUGCUCUGAAUCUGAUUAGGUACCUAAUAGAUGCAAACUAUUGCUUUCAGAAUCUUGGCUAUAAUAGACGAACGUGGAUGUUCCUUUUCCCGUUGUGGGAUCUCUUAUCUGGUAGAAUUAAUGACCAUAGAAAACUGUUGUAUGAAAGUGGAGUGACCAGGAUCGACAUUGCUUCCAUUUUACCUUUCAUGGAAGAUGGGUACAGGUACAAAGAUAAUAAUGACGUACAGACAACUAGACCAGUGUCUAAAGAAUCAGAAUACCAUUCAUUUUGUAAUAACAUUUGCUUAAAGUCAUUGUGUAGGAGAAUUAUUAGGCAAUAUUUAGGACCAAACAUACAAGACAAGGUUACCCAGCUCAAGGUACCAUUAACAGUGCAAAAUUUCCUUCUAUUGAAAUGUUCAUUAGAAGAUACAUAUUUCAUUUUAGAAACGGAAGAUAAAUAUGACGAUGACCACUAUUACUGUAAUAUGAAUAUGCAAUAUGAUACAGACGAAUUUUGUAUAGAUCUUUACGAUUCAGAAGAUUAUUAUGACUACCAAGAUUGUGAUGCAUGCACAUUAUUAGCCCCAUACGUCCCAUCCAUCUAUUUACUAUCAUCAUCAAUAUCAUCAUCACCAUCCUCACCACCGUCAUCUCAAUGUUCCCCCACCGCCUCAUUAUCAUCAUCACCAUCAUCACAAUGUUUCUCCAUCUCCUCACUAUCAUCAUCAUUAUCAUCAUCACCAUCAUCACCACCACCACCGUCAUCUCAGUGUUCCCCCACCGCCUCAUUAUCAUCAUCACCAUCACCAUCAUCACCACCACCACCGUCAUCUCAGUGUUCCACAACCGCCGCAUUAUCAUCACCAUCAUCACCACCACCAACGUCAUCUCAAUGUUCCCCCACCGCCUCACUAUCAUCAUUACCAUCAUCACAAUGUUCCUCACUAGCAUCCUGAUCUGCGUCGAUACCAGCAUCACCAAUAUUGCUAUCAACAUUACAACAAACACCACCACCAAGAUGAUUUAUCUGUUAUACAUACUUAGAAGUCUUUACGCCAAUAGACCUUAUGAUACAGCGCGCACGUGCUAACCAUUCGGCCAUCUAACCCCCAAACGCGUUCGGAAACGCUGCGAAAAAGCAUACAUGGAAACGGCCAUUGCACGUUUAUAAAACUAAAUGGUUUUAUAAUAUUGCUUACUAAUUUCCGUCUUAGUAUCUCUGUCAGAGAAGAACAAUAGGACGAUAAACUCCAUUUCAUUUCAUUUCAUUUGCUCUAUUAAUUGCUUUGAUGUCACCAGUAUAACUAGUUAGUAACAUUAAAUGUUUUAUGUCAUU